UUGUUCAGUUUCGUAUUCAGGCGAGAGAUUCUGAGCUCUGAAGACACUCAGACAUUCAGCUGAUAAACAGCUCACACUGCAGACAUGAGGUUUGUGAUCCUGUUUGCUCUUUUGAGUGGGGUUUUUGCCGCCCCAUUUGUGAAGGAAGAGGAGGCAAAGAGAUUCAUCAGGCUGAAGAGACAGUCUGGAUACUGGGAUCCACACCACUCUCAGAACCAGUGGGGUUACACCAUUCAGGAACAGGCAAACGAGUACUGGACAGCAAUACGAGCAGAUGCUCAGUACUACAUGGACAUGAGUAACCUGAUGUUUGACCGCUCUGUGGCUACGGAAAACAACAGGCUGUAUAUGGAGAUGCUGCGCAAUGCACGAGCUCAUCUGGACAGCCAGACGGGAGGACACAGAUAAAAAACAAAUAAUACAGUUAAAGCCUAAACAUUUACCCAUUUACAGGAUGACCAUAUUUUUCAAUUAUUAGCUACUUUUAUGAAAGAAUGUAUUAGCUUUGCCUUUUAAUACUUAAGUAUUAUAUAGUUUAAAAUAGUUGCAGUCAAAAGGGUGGACAAGAUUAUUAUACUUGUCAGGAUCUUUGUAAACAAACAACAAUCCACAUAUUAAGGCUAUACUUCUGUUGUACAUUGUAAUAAUAAUACAGGCAUUUAAUAUCCCAUGAGGAGCUUUACUAAUAUCUUUAUUAUGAGACACAAUCUAUCAAGACAAGUGAGUAAAACAGUUUUUGGAUGAAAAAUGAUGUUGACAACAUUGUAUUGACAGUGAGGCCUCAAUAAUAUAUGAAAUAUAUGGAAAAAGACAAUAUGGUAUUGGUUUAGUUACAGAUUUACAGAUAUAUAUAUGAUUUGAUAUAUUCAUAUGAAACAUUUGUGAAUUACAGUUGUUUUUAUGAGUGUAUGGACUAUUUUAAAACAAUUAUGCCUUAUCAAGCAUUUUAUUCAAUAAAAGUUUGAAGCAAAGAAAAUUAAAUGGUGCUCUUUAAAGUAGCAUUGUCAUGUAAUAAAAGUCAUACAAGCAAUUAAUGAACGCUCGAAUAAGGAUUCAAAUACAAAAAAAGCAUAUAAGUUGAAGAAGGAUCUUUAUUAUUAUUAUUAUUAUUAUCCUUAACAAAUCUUUCAUGUUGUGCUUUUUGGAGGGCGGAAUUAUGUUUCUUGGGUUUGGUAUUUGUUUCUUUUAAGGGGGGGGGUUUCUCCAUCUCUCUGGUUUACCACUAGAUGGUGCUGUAACUUCACCAUCUAUAUAUUUUUAAUACUUUUCUUUUAUUGUGCCUUAGUUAUCUGUCCAUCUAUUGUGUAUAAUCUUAUGGAAUUUUCAUUGAAUGGAGCAGAGAUAAUGUUACAUAUGACAAAUAAAGCAUCAUGUAUUUAAAACAA